UUUAUUGAAUUAAAGUUGUAUUGUGAUCCUUCUGUGUUGUAUUGAAAGGUCCCUCAUCGUUGUGAUUGUCUUUAAGAUAUUGAGGGCAUAAUGUUCUUAUUAUUAUAACUUGCCCCAGAAUUAAAGUCAUUCUGGGGCAAGUUAUACGAGUAUAACCUGGUUUGGGUCAGUUUACGCUUUUACACUUCGCGGAUUAUAAAGCGUAAACUGACCCAAACCAGGUUAUACUCGUAUAACUUGCACCAGAAUUAAAGUCAUUCCUUAAAUAAAUAAAUGAAUAUAUAUGGCCUUUUCAGUGCUUUUAUAAAUUUCUUUACUGGCCUUGUAUCUUCUCAGAUCCGACACUUUAAGAAAGUAUGGUGUUGUUGGGUUUUUGUGCUUUUAUAUAUAUAUUUAUAUAGAGAGAGAGAGAGAGAGAGAGAGAGAGAAGGAAAUGAAAAAACACAUGCUAUUAAAAAUAAGAAGGUCUUGAUGUCUGUUUUUCCCUCGGUACUUAUUAUGAACAAACACGAAUCAUUUCCUCCUUACCUGACUCUCGACAAUAGGGAUUCAAUAGGGAUACACCUAUUUACAGUGUAGACCGGCAAUUGCGAGAAGAGUUGUUGACGCGAUAAAUAAUAUGUAUAUAUCGUCACCCGGAAGAAAAUAUACCAAGUAAAAAGGAAAGAAUUUGACGACUAGAAGUAUCUUGUUUUCGCGCCGCCGUAUUCACAAGUGUUUUCAGUAGCACUUUACAUUACAAUUCAGACUUGGAGCAGUCUGUUAGUCAUAAACCCAGAGUCUUAGAUGCGGAACUUCAUUUCUUCUGUAAAAAUACAAUGGAAAAAUUGCUAUUUAUAUACCUAAGCAUGGUACUUAUAUAUACAAAUGCUGCGUCUACAACGACAUCCACUUCUUCAAUGAAUGACUCUCAAAGUACUACAGCGGCAUCAGCAACAUCGUCCAAAUAUACAGAAAGUCCAAUGGUAGAUUCUAGCACAAUUUCCUCGACCCCGGAAACACAUUCUUCUACAGUCAAUACUGAGACAAACAGCACUGACAGGUCAACUGCAGCCAUUGUUUCCUCUACAACUGCAGCCAUUGUUUCCUCUACGACUUCAGAUGUCGAUGGCACCAGUACAGAAAUGAUAACCAACUAUUUUCCAACUACUGGAAGAACAACUUCCUCCAUUCUCUCCACCGCUUCAUCUUCCUCUACUACUCCACAAGGUACUUAUGCUCCUCCAUCAACAACAUUAACGCCUGCUCUUAACAUUACAAUACUGAAUAUAACUAAUCCAUCCUCAUCAACCGCGUAUUCACCUCAAACUAACACACACCCUCUCUCCGUGUCAUCAUCGAGUUCAUCAUCCCCCUCAGGAACCAUCGAACCUAUCUCAUCCUCAAUAUCGCCAUCUCCUCCAGGAACCAUCGAAACUAUCUCAUCCUCAAUAUCUUCAUCUUCGCCAACUGCUAACCAAUAUCCCACAGUGUUAACAAAUUCUGUACUAUCAUCCAUGUCAACUCCAUCGUCACUCUCAGGAAUCACACAAUUUCUCUCUUCCAUAGCAUCAAACACUUUAACAAGUACACACUCCCCAUCAUCAAAUAUUGUCACUUCCACAACAAUACCGACAACGUCGACGUCAGCAUUAAGUGCAUUUACGUCCGAUGUCCCUACAGUAAGUCGCGUGUCAACUGUGUCGUCAUCAAUAGGUAACAAUUCAUCAAGUGUAAUCUCAUCCACCUCAUCACGCUCUACCACGGUACAUUUAUCGCCACCGACGUCAGCUUCCCACUCAGUGACACUCACCACGACAGGGACAAGUACCACUGCAGGGCCAACCACCACCACGACAGGGACAACCUCCACGACAGGACCAAGCACCUCAUCAGGGACAAGCUCUACCACAAAGACAACCACCACUGCAGGGCCAACCACCACCACGACAGGGACAACCUCCACGACAGGACCAAGCACCUCAUCAGGGACAAGCUCUACCACAAAGACAACCACCACUGCAAGGACAACCACCACAACAAGACCAACCUCCACGACAGGGACAACCUCCACGACUGGACCAAACACCUCAUCAGCGACAACUACCAAUCCAUUACAAAGACAAAUCAACUAUCUAAAUGGCAAACUUUCUGAUCUGGAGACGGAGAGAUCUGAUCUGAUGAUUGCUGUGGUUGUUUUGGGAGCCAUUUUAUGUCUCUUCUUCCUCGUUCUUGUUGUGGUAUACAUUAGAAAACGAAGGAAAACAUCGAAAUCACCGUUUGAUAUGUUUCAGAUAGAUCAUAUGGAAAUGGCAAGAGAUCCAGUUGUAAAGCAAGGCCCUAUUUUCCGACCAAGCGUCGCAUCAUUGGGGGACAAUCAACAGGAUGACUCAGUGCCCUUAGAGACCUUCUCCCGUGCAGAGGAAAACAAGCAACGUCUGAGUAUGUUACAAACGAUCAAAGAGGGUAUCAACUCUCCAGCCCAAUAUACCAGUCUUACUGAAUUUCCAAUAAUGGAAAAUAAGGAAAGCAGUAUAAACAAUACAGAGACCUCGAAAAUCGACGGAGAAGACACAGAGAAUAAAAAUUCAGAAACAUCGAUAGAGAACAAGAAUGGAGCAACAGCGGGAGGGGGUACUGACGUUGUAGUGAAUUCCGGUGAUGUCUCCUUACCUUUACAGCAGGGUGAACCUCCUACAAAUACACCAGAAGAUGUGGAAAACAUUCCCCCUCCACCACCCCACCUACAGGAAUCCACAAGCAUGGCUCCAAAUCAUACUGAAAGCAAUGGUCAGAUAAGCAAUGUAUCAAAUGGCAAGGGAGGUAAUGAUACGCUACAGCAAAACGACUCUCAGACUGACAGUGAGAAAUCUCCUUGUACCCAGUGAGAACAAAAGACUGGGUAAGAAAAAUUUCGUCGAGCAUUGCCAAAAACGAAUGGACAGAAAAAUACCUACCGGUACAUGGAUGUAUUUUGUGGGAUACAGAAUUUAAGCGAGGUUUCAAAUGAUCUUAACCUCUUACAUGGUAGAGAAAUCCGUGCGUUUCCUGUAAAUCAGCAACAUAUAAUCAUGUAUUUUCUCUGUAGUUUUGGUCUUAUUUACCUAUAAUAAAGUACAAACGUAUAUAUUUCCUGAAA